CUCCCAUUCUGUCGUCACCUUCCUUCAACCAUCUUCUUAAUUUCCACAUCCCAAUUCCCUUCUUCACUCUCUGUUAAUUAUUAACUCUGAGAGUAAAGAAGAAAAAUCCAAAUUCAGAAGAAAUGAUCCUUCUCUCUCUUCUUCUCCACCUUCUUCUUCAUCUCAUCAAUUCUCCUACUUCUCUUUCUCUCUCCCCCGACGGUCUCGCCUUACUCUCUCUCAAAUCCGCCGUCGAUCAAUCUUCCACCGCCUCCCCUGCUUUCUCCGAUUGGAACGAUAACGACUCCGAUCCUUGCCGCUGGUCCGGCAUCUCCUGUAUGAACAUCUCCGACUCCUCCGGCUCACGCGUUGUCGGAAUCUCCCUCGCCGGAAAGCGUCUCCGUGGCUACAUCCCCUCGGAGCUUGGCUCGCUAGUCUACCUCCGCCGUCUUAAUCUCCACGACAACGAGCUUUACGGUUCGAUUCCGACUCAGCUCUUCAAUGCGACGGCGCUUCACAGUCUCUUCCUCUACGGAAACAAUCUCUCCGGUUCUCUGCCUCCUUCGAUCUGUACCCUCCCAAGGCUUCAAAACCUCGAUUUGUCUGGGAAUUCGCUCUCUGGAACUCUCUCUCCGGAUCUCAGCAAGUGUGAACAGCUCCAGCGACUGAUCCUCGCCGCUAACAACUUCUCCGGUGAAAUUCCGGGAGAAAUCUGGCCGGAGCUGAAGAAUCUCGCACAGCUCGAUCUCUCAUCAAACGAAUUUACCGGUUCGAUCCCUAAGGAUCUUGGAGAACUCAAAUCAAUCUCCGGUACUCUCAAUCUCUCCUUCAACCAUUUAUCCGGCGAAAUCCCCAAAUCCCUUGGAAACCUACCAGUCACCGUCUCUCUCGAUCUCAGGAGCAACGAUUUAACCGGAGAAAUCCCUCAAACCGGCUCAUUCUCAAACCAAGGACCAACCGCAUUCCUCAACAAUCCGAAAUUGUGCGGAUUCCCUCUCCAGAAAUCCUGCAAAGACGCAGACCAAACUUCGCCGGGAACUCGAAAACCGCCGGCGAACAACGUUGAUUCCGGAAAAGGGCUAAGCACGGGACUAAUCGUGCUGAUCUCGGUGGCGGACGCCGUGAGUGUAGCACUAAUCGGGCUGGUGAUAGUUUACUUGUACUGGAAGAAAAAAGACGCAGACGGAGGAUGCAGCUGCACAGGGAACGAGAAACUCGGUGGUGGCGCAGAGAAAGGAAAAUCUUGCUGCUGCAUCUCCGGGUUCCCGAAAGUAGACGAUUCAGAUGCAGAGGAUAACGAGAGAGGAGAUGGUAAAGGAGAAGGAGAGCUAGUAGCGAUCGAUAAAGGGUUCUCGUUCGAGCUGGACGAGUUGCUGAGAGCUUCUGCGUAUGUUUUAGGGAAGAGUGGGUUAGGGAUAGUGUACAAAGUGGUGCUCGGGAACGGAGUUCCGGUGGCGGUGCGGCGGCUUGGGGAAGGAGGAGAACAGAGGUAUAAGGAGUUUGUGACGGAGGUUCAAGCGAUGGGGAAGGUGAAACAUCCUAAUGUGGUGAAGCUAAGAGCUUAUUACUGGGCUCCUGAUGAGAAGCUCUUGAUCAGUGACUUUGUCAAUAAUGGCAGUUUAGCUGAUGCUCUUAGAGGGAGGAAUGGUCAACCAUCACCAAGCCUAACAUGGUCAACGAGGCUAAAGAUCGCGAAAGGAGCGGCACGUGGAAUCGCAUAUCUACACGAGUGUAGCCCAAGAAAGUUAGUACACGGCGACGUUAAACCUUCCAACAUCCUCCUAGACUCUUCCUUCACUCCUUACAUCUCCGAUUUCGGUCUCACACGUCUCAUAACCAUCACCGCUGCUUCCUCCUCCUCCAACGAGCCUUCCUCCUCCUCCACCGGCGGCGGUUUCUUAGGCGGAGCCCUUCCUUACACUUCCAUCAAACCCUCGGAUAGAUCCAACGGCUAUAAAGCUCCCGAGGCUCGUCUCUCUGGAAGCAGGCCAACUCAGAAAUGGGACGUUUACUCGUUCGGUGUUGUGCUUAUGGAGCUUCUCACCGGGAAGUCGCCGGAUUCUUCGCCGUUAAGCUCAUCCUCGUCGUCGACGGUUGUUGUUGAGGUGCCAGAUUUGGUGAAGUGGGUGAGGAAAGGAUUUGAAGAAGAGACUCCGUUGUCGGAUAUGGUUGAUCCAAUGUUGCUACAAGAAGUUCACGCUAAGCAACAAGUCUUGUCCGUUUUUCAUCUCGCUCUUGCUUGUACCGAAGGUGACCCUGAAGUUCGUCCACGUAUGAAGAAUGUCUCGGAGAACAUUGACAAAAUCUGAUUCAAUUAUCACCAUAUUCUUUUUUUUGUAUUCUAUUUUUUUUUUUUUUAUACAUCUCUCCGAUAGUCCUUACACGAGAUGCCCAUACAUCACUCCGGAGUAUAGGGAUCAGACAUAGAUCUCUGUUUUUGUUGAAUAAUUAAUUAUUUGUAAUGAAAAUUCAAUCAAAUGGGAUGGACUGAUUUUGCCGAAACACGGACAAAACAAAAAUAUGGAAAUAAAUA